AUGGUCGCUCUUAACCAGGAGACGUUCACUGUCACUUCCUCAGAUGACGCUAACAACGGCCAAGUUGCAAAUGAGGACGUUGAUCUUCCCGAACUGAGCAUUGAACAAAAGAAGGAGGCACUGAAGGAUCUCCUCGCCCAAGGCAAACGCGACUUUAAAGCCGGCGAAUAUGAGUCAGCCGCCGAUAAGCUAAGCACUUGUGCUAACUAUUCUGCUGAGGUGUACGGGGUCUUCGCCAGCGAAUCAUUCGACCCGCAUUACUACUAUGGACAAUGCCUUAUUGAGUUGGGUCGCAUCGACGCCGACGUACUGAAGAAUGCACUCACUGAUAUACCUGAGAAUGAUGAAGAAGAGGAGGAGAAAGAAGAAACUGAAAAUGGAGAUGAUGGAGAAGAUAAGGAUGAGACCAUCGGCAAUCCUGAGAAACUUACUGAAAGCGAACGUGAAGAGAUCAGAGAGCAAGUUGAAGAAGCCCUUGCAGAAAAUGCUGAAGCGUUGGAAAAGGCGAAUGCCGAAGCCACUGGAGAUAGCGAAGUCACAACAACCAAUGAAGCUGAAUCUGAAAAAGAGGAGAAAUUGACUGAAGUAGAAUCGUCGGCUGAGUCGGAAGCUAAGCCUGCUGACGAAAAAUGUGAAACCCCUGAAGAGUCUGCGUGUGAAGGAAAAGUUGAAGAGGCUGCCGAAGCUGAAGAAAAGGCAGAAGAGGCUACAGAGGCUGAAGAAAAGGCAGAAGCUAGGGAACCCUCCGAAGAGGCCACCUCGGCUGAGAUAGCUGAAGAAGCCACGGAGCCAGCAACUGAAGUUUCAUCAGUUGAUGAAGAUGCAGAGCCAAUGGAUGCCGAUGGUGAUGCUGCAGAACCCACUGAGACAGAAGAAACCGAAGGUGAUACCAAGGAUGAUACAGAGGAAGAGCCCAGCAACUUCCAGACGGCUUGGGAGGUUCUUGAGGUUGCGCGUAAUAUUUGCGAUAAGCAGGAGCCUACAAAAGAAUGGGAGCUACGCAAGGCCGACGUUCUCUUUUCCCUAGCUGAGUGUUCUAUUGAAGAGGAGAAUUAUAAACAGGCUAUUGAUGACCUCACAAGUGCGCUCCAACUGCAACUUCUUCACCUUCCAGCGGGUGAUAGAGUUAUUGCACAAACGUAUGUGACAUUUGCUCGCGUUUACAAACUGGACAAAGACUUCGAACAAGCGUCAGAAUAUUAUCAGAAGGCAAAGCAAUGCCUUGAGCUCCGAAUCGAGUCCGUUGAGAAGAACUUGGCGGAUACGACUGAACCAGAAAAAGAAAAAGAAAAGGCAGACCUAGAAAAAGAACUUGUUGAUUUGAAGGGACUCAUCCCAGAUAUCCAGCUGAAAAUUCAGGAUGCAGAUGAGAGUGCGGCUACCCUUAAGAAAGCUGCAGAAGAACUGAAAACAGCUUUCGCCGCCACUAUACCUAAGCUUGCCGCCGUCAACGAGGAUACCCCAGUCAACGAUAUCUCGAACAUGAUUCGAAAGCCUGUUAAGAGAGCUGCUGAAACUGAGGCGGAAUUGGAGACAGCGAAAAAACCGAAAGCUGAUGACGAGCAAACGCCUGUAACUGAUGCUACAACUGCCUAG